AUGGCGGUGAGCCAGGCUGCGAAGGAGCGCCCAUGUUUGCUUCGAAAGCGAAGGCAGCUGAGACCUCACGUGGCCCGGGAGGGCAAGCGCGAUGGCGGAGGCACGGAGGCCGAAAGCCUCACGAAUCAGGUCUCGGGCGAUUGUCCCCAAUGUGGGACUAUGUAUGCGCCUGACGCCAGUUUGUGCCGCAGGUGCGGGUGGCAACGCCUGAGCAGCAUCAGCUGUGCCAGCUGCAGCAACCUCUAUGCUCCAGACUCUAACUUCUGCCGGCGGUGCGGCGUACAACGACCUGAGGCAGCCGAGCGUCCGUCCAGAGGUGCAGAUCCAUCAUGGCACUUUCCGAACAGGAAACGAGAUAUACUUCGUGGUGCCGCAAAUUUGAAAACUGCUCUGCAAUUCUGUCUCCAACGUGUGCAAGCAGAGCACAUGCUGCUCUGGAAGGAGGUGCUUGCUCAGGAUAGACAAUCUGAGGCUGCAGUCAACGAAGAGCAGGCUUUUCAUCCCUUUUCAGCAUCGGCAUUGUCUUCAGUGCACGUAGUCAGAGAGGAGGAUGAGGAAGUAGUUGAGGCACAGCUUCCUCCGUGGCAGCUUUCUCGAAGCCUGGAGGAUGUCCGCGAGUGGGGCAAGCUGCGUCGACUUGCCAGGCUGCUUGCGGCCUGGCACCGCUUGGCAGCUGGCGGCACUGCUAGAAGAUUGAUCAAGAGCGUAUGCGGCCAGUUUCGCGUCCAGGUGCUCACGACGCGCGCCUUUGCAGCGUUGUCUCGGAAUUGGCAGCUUCGAACUGCCCACAUGGCGGCAGUUGCUCAUGUUGUGGACCAUCUGGCGGACGACCGGCUGCGGGACCUGAUUCUGAAAUGCUUGCGAGCCUGGAGGUCACGAGCAGUGAAAGGUGCCAUCCGUCGUCGAGGUGAGAGGGCCCUCACUCGAUUCCUGGAUGCCAGCUGUUUGAGGCGAUGGCUCAGCACAUGGGUGGCACAUGUGGCCAUACAGAAGAGGAUUUCAGGAGGGAUGGCAGACCUGGAAUGUAAGCAGCUGCUGGCGUUAAGGCGCAAAGCCUGCCGGGCUUGGGGCCAUGUUUGGCACUGCGCUCGGGCAACCAAGCUGGUGCUGAACAAGCAGCAAGCAAAGUCUUUGCAUAUUGCUGUUCAGCGAUGGGUUGGCAUUUGGAAAGCAAGAAGCUUUGCCGCUGUGCGCCUGGUGUCCGCUGCAUGGGCAGGCUUGCAAGCGGCCGCACGAAAGUUUAGGGCUGUUGCUGCAGUGUCUGAUCGAUGCAGAAUCUGCUGCGCCAAACUUGCACUCCUGCGCUGGAUUGCUGCAAAAUCGCUCAGACGACGCGAGGCAGAGUGCCGCCAGCAGAUCAAGGUGCAUUGUCUCCAGCUCACGCUGCAAAGAUGGAAUGGUUUGCACGCGGCCAAAGUCAUUGCCGCACACAGCGCAGCACAAGCUGCCUUUCAGAGAUGGCAGGCGGCUUUAGGUCGACUCAUCGAAGAUCGUCGACAGCGAGAGGCCAACACUGUGGGACCUGCUGGGUCUGGUCCAACACCUUGGCAGCACAAGCAGGGGUUGCGCUUGCUGCGAUGCAGCCUGUUAGCUUGGGCACAGGCAAUGCAGAGAAAGAGAAGGCACAGACGACGCACCAAGCAGGCGCAAGCGGACAUUCAAAAGCUGGUUGUGACUCAAGCGCUGUGGUUUUGGCACAGCAGCGCGAGAGAUUCAGCUAUGCGCCACGAUCAAAUUCAGCGGGCUUCCAUGGCGCUAGCAGCCAUGGUUUCUGCAUCUCGAUGGGCGAGGGCUCAUGACUGCUUGGUGCAAUGGUUUACUCGCACCCAGGCUCGCAGGAUCAUGUGCAAAGAAACAGAUCUCAGCGGCGACGCAUCUCUUGUCAUGAGCCCCUGGCCUGAUAGUCCAAAGGAGACUCCAGGCCUUUCCUUGACAUGGAGCUCGCCAAGGCAUGUCCAGGAACAGGCGAGUAGCGCAAUCGCAAUGGAAUUCACAAGCCCGUCGGAACAUCUCUGCUUGCUGCCGACGGCCCAUGCAGCGUGCAGCAUUGCCACCGUACCAAAGCGUUGGCUGAAACUGGCCGUCAUGCUGUUGAGCGAUGCGGCAUUGCCUGUCAUGCAGUGGUCAUGGUGCAUAUGGCAGGGAGCACAUUUGCGAUUGGAAUUGAUAAGCUUGCGAUGGUGGUCGCUGGUGCUGAAGACUUACAGAGUGAGGAAGCAAGAGCUCAAGCUGGACUUCCGUCGCCUGCGCUGGGCUUUGAAAACAUGGUACGAUGUCGUUGCUGAGUCCAUCAAGCAGGCUGUCGCUGAAGCCGAAGCGGAGCUGAACUCCUGCCAAGCUCUCUGUGAGGACACUGGCGUCUCACAUAGGCCGUUGGAGUAUCCGACAGAUACACAUCGUGCAAAGAUGGAUGGCAAGCGGGUUGUGGCUGCCGUAGCUGCGUCGUCCGCGGCUUGUGCCACCUGUACCAGCAGGCUGUUUGUGCAUCCACUGCCAGCUGCAGCUUCAGCCAAGCCUUCAGCCAGGCUGAGAGGUUGCCAAAGUACUCGGGCACAUGGUGCUCACAAAAGUCGCGGAGUGGCAAGCGCCUUUGGCGUGCCUUUGAUCCUGGCCAUUGCGGGGGCUCAGAAGCCUCGACGAGCGCACAAGCGUGUUGUGCGAUGUGCGGAUGGUCUGGCUGACUGUCCAUAUGCCUUGUAUGGCCGGAAGGACAUUGACAUCCUAUCUGAGAGGGAACAACUCAAGGUGGAGACAUGUCCACUGGAAAUUAAGAUGCCUGCAGAGCUGAAGGGCAACGUUGAGGGGCAACGCCAAUAUUUUUCCUCGAGACUACCCCAGAUUUACAAGGAUUUGAAGCAAUAUGGUGCUAUCGUGUUCCGUGGAUUUGAGAUCUCCAAGGACAAGACAACCUUUGGGGAGGUGGGAAAGGCGCUGGAGCUCGAGCCUUGCGAGGAUCCCUUGCAUUCUGUUGCCGCUCGAGAUGCGGUAGACAAGAAAGCCGGCGUCUAUGAGGCAGUGAACAAACCGUCAAGGAGCAAAUUCUACAUUGGGAUGCACAACGAGAUGGUUGGUGACCGCGCACCUGGAGCAGCCCUGUUUGUGUGCUUCAAGGCAGCUGAGAAGGGUGGAGAGUUCUUGGUUGCUGAUGGUCGAAAGAUGUUCAAAGAGCUGGAUCAGGCGUGGCUCAAGAAGGUCUACGAUUCAGACGUUGUGUACUCGACAGCUGAAUUCCCUAUGGGAUUUAUUGAGAGCCUACCAGAUUUUGUCCAGCCCGUCGUCGAGCCAGUAGUUUAUGGAGCCAUGACGCAGGCCUUGAAGAUGAAGGUUGACUUCAAGACAGAGCUGCGGUGGGAAAAGUCAGACUACGAUGGCAGCAAGAUUUUGCAGGUGCGUGCUAUGCCUCAGUACCCCAUCGUGCGUCACUUUGCAACGGGGGAACCUUGCUGGUGGGGCUCGAUGCAUUCCCAUGCAGAACAUCUUCGCUCAGCACGCGAGAAAGUGUUUGGCGAAGCGCAGGAGACGACUGGAGCGUCACGGAUCAACAAGACAGAUGUUUAUUACGGAAGUUCAGGGGACAAGGUGGAGGUGGAGUGGUUGGAGCACCUGGACAAAGUAACUUUGGACUGCGCGGUCAAAGUCAAGAUGGAGCCUGGCGACAUGGUGCUUUUGGACAACUACCUCGUCAUGCAUGGCCGAUGUCCGUUCGAAGGGACGAGACUGCAUGCUGUCUCCUGGUUCAAAGGCCUAGACUACUCGAAGGUCCGCUGCGGCGCAGCACGCGCCGGCCUGGCAGUCCACAUGUCUCCACGACCAGAUGUAGAUUUGCUCCUUUGGGCAUUUAGCAGCUGGGUGGUUUGGGCUCGGCUGACUGUUGGAUGACAUGUGCUUCUUUGUAUUCUUAUGUACAAAGUCUGAUCUCUAAAGCCUUUUCCAAGCACACUUUUCUGGUGUGCACUUGAGGCUGAAUCGAUAAUGCACUAGACUGGGUAGUGGUC